AUGAGGAUACAAAAUUGGCUGAUUGUUCUUAAUCUUGCAAAUAAUUAUUUGUCUGGAAGAAUUCCUAAUUGUUGGCAGGAUUGGCAAUAUUUGCAAGUCUUAAAAUUAGAAAAUAACAAAUUGAUGGGUACCAUUCCACCAUCUAUUGGACAUUUAACUUCCCUCAAAUCAUUGCGCUUAAGACAUAACAACCUCUCAGGAAAACUACCGCAAUCUCUACAACAUUGUAUAAACUUGGUGCUCAUUGAUCUUGGUGGAAAUCAAUUUAUUGGAAGCAUACCUACUUGGAUGGGGAAUUCAUUUUCGAAAUUGGUAGUUCUUAACCUUCGUUCAAAUAAGUUUCGAGGCAGCAUUCCAUAUGAACUUUGUCGUCUAAUUUCUCUUCAAAUCUUAGACCUUUCACAUAAUAAUCUCUCAACAGUUGUGCCAAAAUGUUUCAACAAUUUCACUGCCAUGGCUGAAAAACAAAAUUCAAGCAAUCUCUUUUCUUAUUAUGCAUCGAUUCCUACAUCAGAAGCUCAAGAAAAUGCAUUUCUUGCGACCAAAGGAAGAGAGGUUGAAUAA